UAUAGCUACGAUCGCGAUCUACGCCACUCUACACCACUACGCCACUCUACAGUACGUAGCGUAACUACGCCGCUACGGCGCGUCGCGACCUUCCGAAAUAUCUGUGACUGUGUACGAUACCUUAAUUUGUUCAGUGUGUACGCGUAAUCUGUGACAUAGCGUAUGUGAAUAGCAACAACACUAUUGGAGUAAGAUAAUAUUAAAAAGAAAAUAACCGCGAAAGUUGUGCAAUUCAUUAUUCAUAAAGCAAGACAACCGGUGCACACUAAAGUAUCAACGUGGAAAUAGUUUCAUUUCCAUUCGGUCUGUAAGUGGUCAUAGUAACGAGUGGCAGGUGUCACGGAUUGCGGGAACAUGAGGCGGGACGGUGGGGGAGGAUAGCAUGACAGCGCCUGCCACGGCGGCCUGAUGGCGCUAGUGCGCCGUAUACUAGGCGACGCCCAGGCGAAACUACGUAAGAUGGUUGAUGAGCAAGUGUCGGUGGGCGCACGGGUCGAAGCGGAUGCUGAACCCGAGCCCGCCGACCCUCUCAUCACGCCAGCCAGCUCCGCCCUCGAAAGAACCGACUUGGACCCUAGACCAAUUCCUCCAGAACGACGACUCCUUAUUGGUACUCUAGAUAAACGUAAUGGAUCUUUAAACGGCGAUAAAGAUGGAACUAUAAACAGAACUACCAGACUUUCUAUUAGAAAUGGAAAAGAUAAUCCUUUCUUAGAUGAUGACAAUAAAGAAAAUCAAGCAAAUGGCAAAUUAGAAUCCCCAGUUAAAUGGUCAAUACAAAACGGUAGUGAUAGUGGAACAUACGCUGAAAUAGGAACUGGAGGCAACAGUAACACCAGCGAAAGAAAUAUCCUGGACCCGGCGGAUAGUUCUGAAGAAGAAGUUCCAUUACCAGAUGCCACAUCACCAGGAAGAAGUAGCGAUGGCCCAGAACCAAGAGCAGAUAUUACUGCAACCUUGGAUGGAGAAGCGGCGUCCCCUGGCGGUAGAUCUGACAGAUCGCGGCAGGAGGAAGUAUUGGCCUCUCCUGGGAUGCUCACAGCGGCACAGUUGGCCAGAAGGCUGAGGCUAGAGAACGAACGAUUACAGGCGGAGUUAACAAGAGUACGCCGAUUGUUAGUGGCGGCGGCUGAACGAGGUGAAGCUGGUACGGCCUUAAUAGAGCGGGCAAAGGGGGAAGGCGAACAAGAUGCAGCACCUCUUGACCCACAACAGUUAGAAAAAGAGCUGCUACUCGCUAGAGAAGCUGUCAAUUCUCUGAAAGCCGAUAAAAAGCGGCUGAAAGCUGAAAAGUUCGACUUACUGACUCAGAUGAAGCAGCUUUACGCUACACUAGAAGAUAAGGAGAAAGAACUGCGAGACUUUAUACGAAAUUAUGAACAGCGAGGAGAGACGCUGCCGCGAAUGCAUCGUAUGCAUCCUCAUGAAGACUUCCGGAUGAACUCGCAACAAUUGUCGGAAAACUACAACAUAAUGCGCUCAAGAGGCGGUGCAUCAUCGGCUCUGGGUGCAGAGAGAGCAGAACGGGAAAGAGAGAGGGCUGCGUUAUUGCGUCAUGCUCGCGACGAAGCCGAACGUUCGUUGCAACUUGCUGCUGCGCUCAGUGCACGAGAUACCCAGCUUAGACACGCCCGAGAACAAUUAUUUGAGGCGCGUAGGCAGCUCCAAGCCGCUGGAUGCCUGUCAGAGGGCGAGAGCGUUGCAUCUCUUGGAAUAGGGCCACCCAUGAUGCUGGGUGGACCAUCAGGUCUAAUCGGAGAUCGCGGCAGCUGCAGCGCCGACUCAGGUGUCAGAGUAACAGGCAGUAGCGACGGUGGCGCUACCUCAGUUUGCGGUGGCAACCUGUCAGACUCCACAGCGGAGGGCGCACCCCCAACCCUUGAUGCAUACGACACGGACGCAGCCUCGCUUGUAUCAUCUGCACACCACAUUUAUCAAUUGAGCACGCCGCGGGAUUGCAGUCCCACCCUGUCGCCACACAAUAGCGCUUCGCCGUUCACGCGAUCUAUAGACGCCGGAUCACUAUCAAGGUCAGUGGAACAGCUGUCGAGUCCGGGUGAGUGCGAGGCGGCCCUCGUGGGUGGGCUGAGGGCCCGCGGGGCCACCGGCAAGGGCGGCAGAGGACGGGGCUCCGCCUGGGGCUCCAUAUCACGGGUGUUUGCUCGAAGUAGGCACCGCACCAAGUCUGGUAGUGCCGUCGUCAGCGGACACGAGAGCGAACCUGUAUACGCUGGAACAGGAAGCACGACGCGUGCGUGGUCUCCACUUGGUAGCGAAGCUGCCCUGCGUGAAGCAGCCUCAUUACCUUUAGCGCGAUGGCGUGCCCCUGCUAUCAUAGCAUGGCUAGAGCUGGCUCUAGGCAUGCCUCAGUAUGCUGCUGCAGUAGCCGACAACGUCAAAAGUGGAAAGAUCCGUGCUUUGAAUGGGCAGGUUCUGCUCGAGUUAUCGGAUGCGGACUUGGAAGUGGGCUUGGGGAUCACGCAGCCAAUGCACCGCAAGAAAUUAAGACUAGCGAUAGAAGAACGAAGACGACCUGACCUCGUGAGGAAUCCGAGUAUAGGACAGCUGACGCAUGCAUGGGUCGCCGCUGAGUGGUUGCCUGACUUGGGUUUAUCGCAGUACGCAGAGUCCUUCUUGGCAAACUUGGUGGAUGCUCGAAUGCUCGAUACAAUUAGCAAGAAAGAAUUAGAGAAAUAUCUAGGCGUAACAAGAAAAUUUCACCAGGCUUCCAUAGUCCAUGGCAUUCACUUGCUUAGGAUAAUGAAGUAUGACAGACAAGCUUUGGCUGUGAGGCGUCACCAGUGCGAGAACGUCGACGCAGAUCCUUUGGUUUGGACCAACCAAAGAUUCAUGCGAUGGGCUCAUAAUAUUGACUUAGGUGAAUUUGCUGAUAAUCUGAAAGACAGUGGAGUACACGGUGGACUGGUAGUAUUAGAGCCAUCAUUUACAGGAGAAACCAUGGCAACCGCUCUUGGAAUACCGCCAUCCAAAAGUAUUAUACGAAGACAUUUGGUAGCCGAAUUCGACGCUCUCGUAAUUCCUGCAAGGUAUACGAUAUUUUGCCAGGUGGAAGAACUGCAAGUGGAGGCUGCCAGAGCAUCCAUGUUGUCCACAAAACAAAGAUAAAUCGACAAAAAUUAAAAAACUCUCAUUCAAAAAAUAAGUCUUAGCUUCGUUCGACGUCCAGUUUCGUCAAACUGUGUAUCUAUGUAAAAUUUCCUAUAUUUAAAAUGUUUGUAAAGUUGCUAUUUUUACACAAAACAUUUUCUUUGCAAAAAGACAUUUAGAGAUCUUCCGUCGUGACUCGCUCGUUUGUGGGACUUUUUGAUUGGAAAUUUUACGAGCAGUGAAGACUGAUAAGUUAUUGUAGAAACCGUGGUUUGUAUGUAAAGUAAUUGGAAAAGUUAUAGUGAUCGGAACAGUAACAUUCUUUUGUGCCCUUCGCCUUCGUCAAUGUUAGAUUCAAUGUUCUGCAUUGUAACCCCCUAGAGUUCCAACUUGCAGUAGUAUAGAUACGUCACAUCAAUGUUUAUUCGAAAUCGAUAAAUUUGAUAAAUUUAGUAAAUGUAUACAACUUACAAUUAGUUAUAUCGACGUAAAAGCAUAAAAUGCUUCGUAUUAAAUUUAGGGGGUGAAUCAUAACCCAUUCUUAAUAUCUGAGUAAUUAUAUUCAUCGGAAAGGAUUACUUUAAAAUUUUCAUUAAAUUUGAAAAGUAAUUAUAUGUAGAAAUCGAAGAUUAAACCAUUACACAAUAAUUUAUAUUAGAUAUAAAAACAGAACCAUUCACAAUAGCUUUAGGGGUUAUAACAAUAAUAGCAUUUACCCAUACUGUAAGAUAAAAUAUGUUUUUGACUUGUAUACAUUCAUAUUGUAAAGUUGAUAACAUUGUAUAUUAGUUCACUUGUAACGAGAUCGAUUGACAUAUAAAUGUGAAUAAAUCCUGAUAAAAAAUGAUAAUGCCCAAUGGACAUCGAGUCAGAUUCUUUUAUUAUCCAUCACCCCUAACUUGGCGUCCUUGCAUCGAGACAGAACGGUAACGAUCAUUUUAUCGAUAAGUCAUGAAUGCCUCUCUGUCAUCAUCAUUAGAUCGCACUUUAAUCAGGCUCUGUUCACUGUUUCUCCUUCCAUUUAAAUCAUUUUAUUUUGUGGAAAUAAUUUCGAUCACAUCACGGACGUGUCGUGCUUGUCUGGUUUGGUUUCAACAUUUUGAUUAUUAUCAUUAUUGUUAUUUAUGUGAGCUCGCAGAGAACAGUACUGUUUUUCAAGCUCUAAUAAAAAUCUUUAUACCUUGAUUUAUAAUAUUAUACACGAUAUUAUAUUACAGUCAGUACUUUUCUUUGUUUCAAAAUCAAUGUCUACCACGUUCUUUUCUUUCUAAUCAUACAUACUUAUCAUACACCGUCAGCAUGAUUUGUAUUUUCCAGCAAAGUGCAUCAUGCUUUUGAUGUCUAAGCAAAAUAAGAAUAAAUUUAUUCAACAACAAGUUUUUGAAGAGCUUAUUGUGAAUAUAAAGACACGACUAUACGAGUAUGCCAAGCAUAGUGUCUUAAAUGUCUAUAUUAAAACUACGGCACUUGUAAUAAGUGAGCUCCAUAAUGUAAAAUAAUAUCGAAAGUUGCAUGAGAGCUUUUUAUGUGAUAUUACAGUUUUAGUCUAAAAAGAUAUUUUAUUAUCAAAGUAAAAGCAAACAGCGCUCUGCCUGGCUUUCGUUAAUAUAUUGCAUAUUUUCACUGUAUAUGUACAAUAAGAAU